AUGAAUGAAAUCAGCACAAUGCUGUUUUUCGUCAAAAAGAUAGUCCCUUAUCUAGAGGAUACAAGCAGUACUGCACACAAGGCCAUCUAUUUUGAUGGAUGUGAAGGGCUGGCUGCUUCGGCGGUGCUUAGAGCCAUAGCUGAACACCCUCCACCAUCUCUGUUGAAGAAAUUCGACAAGAUCAUUCACAUCGACUGCUCUAGGUGGAAAAGUAGAAGAGCACUCCAGAAGACAAUCGCACAAGAACUGAAGCUUCCUCGGCGGGUAAUGGAUAUUUUUGAUGGGCAAGAUGAAGAAGAUGAUUUCAGAGGGGUAGAUGAAACCUCCAGAGCUGAGAUUGGAGUCAUUGGGAGGGAGAUUCAUCGAGCCCUACAAGAACACAUAUGCUUAGUGGUCUUCCAUAAUGGCAGCAACAACAUGGUUGAAUUGACUAAUUUUGGCAUUCCUCCACCACAAAUGUUCGAUGUUAAGACAUUAUGGUCCUUUCGAGGGAGGCUUCGGCUCAACCCAAAACUUAGAGAGAAGGUGGAUAAUUCACAUCUUAUCCUUUACGAUGUGUGGAGCACUUAUGGGUGGAAUUAUUUGCUGAAAGAUGAGGCUAGAGAAAUUGCUGGGUACACGGAUAAUCUUGGUGAAGCGGUUGAACAGUGUUGCUUGUAUCUGCUGUCAUUAAAUUCUCAAGGAGGCAAUAUAUUGGACUACAACUGGGCCACCCAUGCUUCUAGCUACUGGGUCUGUGAUGGGAUUAUACAAGGAGGCCAUGGUGACGAAGCAUGGGAGGCUGCAGCUGCUCUGCAUCAACACAUAAAUAUAGAGGAUUAUUCGUCUAAUGCACUGCCCUCUUUUGGUCAUGAACUCAAGACUCCUCCUAAACGGUGGAUAUUUUCCAAAGAGAGCUCUGUUGUGCAUCCAGAGUCAACGUCGUUUUUCCUUGCUGCAGUCACAAGUGGAUCCGAUCCUACAUUAAGACUCUUACCCGAUGACAUGUUUCAUCAAUCGGACAAACUUCGGGUGCUCAAGUUAUGUCAUUGCACCUUCAGUUUUUCUGCACCUCCUUUUUGUUGUUGCCACAACUUAAGGUUACUUGGAUUAGAUGGCUGCAAGGAUCAGCGAGCAGAAGAAGAUGAGAAGCAAGAUAGACCAACAAUGGAAUUUUUUCAGAGCCUAUGGGUACUAGACAUAUGCCACACAGAUUGGGAGUUGGACUUGUCAGCAGACAUAAUAGAACAGAUGGCUGCAAACAUUAGGGAGGUACAUAUAAAGAAAGGAAGGAUUUGGUGCCACAGUUUUGCAUGGCGACAAUUGCAUAACCUUCACAAGCUUCGAGUAAUUGAGCCUACAAGCCCUUGGCAGACAGGCGAAAUGGAUGAACUCACAGACAUGGUUAAGUUGGAGUUCCUUGACUUGACUGGGGAUAGUACAAUUCAAGUUUUGCCAAGUAUGUCAGGGGCAACUAGUCUCAAGAUUUUAGUUCUUGAUGGUUGUGUUGGAUUGGAACAUGUUGGCCCUGAAGGACUGCCACCCUCACUUGAAUCCUUCAGCUUGGAUGCACGUGCCAGAGAGGGUCAUAAAAAGGAGGCCAAAAUCACCCGUAUCUCGUUGGCUGGUUGCGCAAGAUUGUUGAACUUCAGAUUGUGUGGUUCACUUCCAAAUCUUGAGGACAUAGAUCUAUCAUGCACAUUGGUAAAAACACUAGACCUGGAAGAUCAGGUGGUGCAGGCUCGAAGACUCCAAAAAAUUAUUCUAUUGGGAUGUAUGCAGCUCCUUUCCAUUCUAUGGCCAGAAAAUGGGAUGCCAAAAGAUACAGUUUUAAGUAUUGAUUCUUCAGUCUGCCAUGUCCAAGUAGAACCUCAUCAAGCAUAUGCUACUAUAGUGGACAUAAGGUUUCUUCAGACCUUGGUAUUAGAGAGUAAUGUUGACUUCUGUUGGAAGAGUGCAAGUUUCCAUUUGAAGCUAUGUGUCCCAGCUUGUAGCAACAAAGUUGAGGGGCAAAGAAACAAGGAGAAUACUGCCACUGGUAGUAUUGGGCAGAUAAUGGGUCCUCCUCGACCAAAGUCAAUAAUACCCGGUGCUUACAUCACGUACAUGGAUGUCGCUGCUGACAACAUGAUUGUUGAUGAUGGCUAUAAUAGUGCACUGCAGUUUCAGCCGUUGGGCUCCCAUGUGGAGAUUGGUGAUGGAAUUAGUUUCACUAGAAUGGAGAGCACACGAGCAAUGAAGGCUACCAUCUUUGUGAUGAACAAGGCGGAGUCGUUGCAUGCGCACAACAAUUCUUUCAUUAAUACUGUCAUCCCUGAACAUAUGAUGUCCAUAGAAAGUAAUGUACUUACAUGGAAAAAUCUGAAAUCUUGUCACGUGGUGAGAUGCCCAAAGAUGCAUACGGUCUUCAAUAUUGAUCGGGGGUAUUACUACUUUGAAGAACUGGUGAACUUUUUGGCAGCAGAUCUCCUGAUGACCCAUUGCAUUUGGAGCAAAGAAAUCACGCAUGAUUUUCAAGACAGUCGUUCCUUUGCGAAACUGCAGAGCAUACACCUGUUCUCCUGCCCGAGGCUCACAUUUGUCCUCCAGUGGUACAGGUUAUACAUCUUGAGUAGCUUGGAGACCCUCCACAUCACCUUCUGUGGUGAUCUAAGGCAGGUGUUCCCCGUGGAGCCAGAGAUACUAACAAGAAUUACUACAAGCCACCAUGAAGGUCUACUGGUAUUCCCAAACCUGAAGCAUGUCUACUUGCAUCAGCUCUUCAAGCUGCAACAUAUAUGUGAAGCCAAGAUGUUUGCUCCCAAGAUGGAGACCAUCAGGGUCAGGGGAUGCUGGGGUUUGAGGCGGCUCCCGGCUGUCGGCCGAGACAGCCGUCCAGUUGUGGACUGCGAGAAGGACUGGUGGGAAAAGCUGGAGUGGGACGGGCUAGAGGCUGGCCAUGACCCUUCGCUCUUUGAGCCACGUCACUCGGCGUACUACAAGAAGCCCCUGCCUAGAGGAUCAGUUCUCUGGUGA